AUGGAGUCGUUCAACGAAGACGCAGACGGUCUCUUCGCUUGUCUGUUGGAAGAGCCAGGAGGCGACCAGUCCGUCAACUACGAGGUCGACCAAUCGCAGAAUCAAGGCGCUCUCGGCGGCCAGAAUCAGUCCUUCGGCUACGACGAUGGAUACGGCGGCCAGGCCGAUGAUUCUGUUGGCGGCGGAGGAGGUGGCGAUGAUGGUGGAGGAAUGUCGCUUGGAGCGCAGUUUCUUGAUCUCGUCGCCAAUACAAUCGGCGACGACGCUGGCUUCGCUCCUGCAGCUCCGAAGCCCACGCCACCAAAGCAGCCUUCUUAUAGCAACAAGCAAAGCUAUGAUAACUCCGAUCAGGGAAUAGGGAUCUCCAAUCCUCCCAUGCGUCAGCGUCCUCGGCAGCAGUUUCAACAAGGUCAAAUCGUCCGGCCGAGGCAAGGAGACAUCGUCGGAGGACCCAAGAUUCAACCGAUGAAUCGAAUGGCUAAACCGCUGAAUACGAAGGUACAGAAAGCGAGCCCGAACUUAUUUAUAAAAACACAAAAUGGAACUGGUCCAAAGCGAAUUAUUGGCACUCCGAUCGGCGCCGGAAUAAAAAUCCGUCGACCAGGAGGUGGUGUUCCCAUUGCCGGCCCUGGUGGAGCCAAGCCGAAGCCAAGCUACCAAUCUAACCAGUCUGGUCCUUCCAUUCGUCCGACGGAGAAGGCGCCUUCUAUCCCGUCGAUGAGAAACAAGCAGAGUCAGAUGAACAGGAUGAACCGUGGGCCCGUCCAAACUGCGAGCCAGAACGAUAUGGAUGGCUCUUUUUCAAAUGCUGGCUCUAAUCAGAACUUUCAACGAGGACACGCGCUUCCGCGAAAUCAACAGAAUAGCCAAUAUUGUGGGCAGAAUCGAGGACCGCCGCAGAAUCAAGAUGAUGGCUACGGAGGAAUGAGCGUUCCUGUCAAAGACAACAACUCCUCGUUUAGUCAAAACCAGCAAUCCAACGCUCCUCUUCACGGUCGACAGAAUCAAUUCGAUAACACGCGCUCUGGACCUAACCAGAGCUUCAACAAGGGACCUGUAAGAAAUAACCAAGGCCAAUUUCAAUCCGGGCAGUCCUUCAACCCUUCCCAGAAUCGACAGAAGGCACCCGGCCAAGUCGGGCGGCAUCCUGUUGGCCAACCAAGGCCAGUUUCGCAAAAUAUCGGCUUAAAACCUACCGGACCAAGUGGCGAUCAUGGCAAUGUACGUUCGCACACGCCGCAGGGCCAGUCAUUCGACGAUUGGUCAAGCCCAAGUCCUGAAGGAACGCAUCAACAGCAGCAUCAGCCGAGGCAGCGUAAUCCAACGCCGAAUAACUCCAGGCCGCAAAUGGGUCACGGUCACUCGCCAGGGAACAAUCGUAAUAGUCAGCAGCAAGGAGCGAAUAUGAGGAUGAAUCCUGCCAUGCAACCUCAGCAAAAGCAACAGCUAACGGCAGAGCAGAGCUGGGAUCGCGCGAUGGGAAACAAUUCUAGCUCCGGACCGCCGAAUUCGCAGAAACGAGCAAGCUUACCUGGCCAGCAGAAUCAACAAAAUUCUCAGCAGCCAGGCCGCUACACGAACUCGCCGAUGAAUCAGCACUCAAAUACGAAUCUUGGCCCUUACGAAUCGGAACCGAUCAGCCCACUGACAUCUUCAAAAAGUCCUUAUCAAAGCCAGUCGCAUUCGCAAGGCCAAAAUGCGAUGCAAGGUCAAAAUCAAAUGCAAAGAAACGCUCCUCAAAAUCGUAUGCGCCCUGACCCUGGACAAAUGCAAGGUCAAAAAUCACAAUUCCGCGGAUCUAUGGAUUCAAACUUUCCUAUGAGUCCACCUGGAACGCAGCCUCAAAACUCUCGAAUGCACAAUCAAAAUCAGCCGAGCACUAAUCAAAGUCCGAGUAUGCAUCAACGAGUGCCAAGUUUAGGGAAUUCUAGCAUGAGUCAACAGCCUCAAAAUCAAAGUGGUCAGAAUAAAUUCCCGGUCGGCCAUCCUCAGCAUCCUGGAAUGAAUCAGCAAACUGGAAAUCAGAAUCGGGGCAUGCCUCAAAAUCAACCAAAUAACCGCCGACAGAGCUCCGAAAAUCGAAACCAAACGAACGAUGACCUUGGUUUCCUCGACUUUGGUUCAACCUUCAACGAUCCAAAUCAAGCGUCAAAAACGUCUGUUCCAUCUUCAGUUCAUCAACAAGCGACCCAGCUUUCGAGUCAACCUCAACCCCAAUCGAACAUCAACCAGCCAGGUUACCCAACGAACUCGUCGGGGCCGAUCCCGUCUUCGCUAGCUGGAUCAAUGAGCGCGCCCCUCUCGUCGUCCGCGACGCCGAAUAUUCGCACUAGCAUGAGUAACAUCCCGGGAAGCAUGGCUCAACAAUCUUUCAAUUCCUCGAGCAUUGGGCAGCCAGUGUCGACAUUCUCCAGCUCGAAACAAGCUCAACCAAUUCAGCAAACAUCAUCGAUGCCAUCGCAUAUGCCAACUCCGAUGCAGAAUGAAAUGAAUCGAAGUAUCCCUUCUCAGCAACAACAACAGCAGCAGCAGCGCCAGGCGAUGCAAAACAUGGGUCAAAAACAACCUUCCCAAGCUCAGCCAGGAAACGUGAACGACAACAACUUGAACGAUUGGCUAAGUAGCAUCAUGACCGACAAUAACAAACAACCAUCGAGUCAACCAUCAGCUCCUGCCGCUCAACCAGCAGCUCCGCCAAAGCCGAGAAGCUCGCUUUUGAAUGUGACCCCUAAUAUGUCAAAAUCUCAGGCAAGCUCGCAUCCUUCACAACCGCCAGCUCCACAAAUGACGAAUAGCCAACAAAUGCUGCUGAACUUGAAGCAGGAGCCCAUCGAUACCUCGUACAUGCGACAAGCUGCGGAGAAAACAGCAGCUGGUGCUGUUUCAAGCUCGGUUCUCAAAAAACCAUCAGUACCUGCUCCAGCGCCUGUGGCACCAAAAGCACCUGGAUUCACUGGCAUGCCCGGUAUGAGUUUGCCAAGUUCGAUGCCGAUGAGCAUGAGUACGAGCAUCCCACAGUCCUUUCCUGGUCAUCCCGCUUCUGUGAGUAGCGCCUUAGGUGCCAUCCCUAAUGCCCAGACAAAUCCCAGCGUCAUGCACUCAAUGCUUACCCAGCCUGCUCUUACCGUCACUACUGCUUCGUCCAAACCUUCUGUAAUCACCAGCUUGAAUCAAACUGAAAAGUCACCCAUCGUUUUGACUCCUACGGGAGUUUCCUCACACAGCAGUCUCAGUCAACACUCAAGUACUGUUCAAUCAGGUCUACCUGGAGCAAUCAAAGCUCCAGCACAAGCACAGCAAGCCACAAAGCAGAGCUCAAAGUUUGGGAUGAAAAAUUUGCGGAAAAGUGGUUUGUUUAAUUAUUGGGGUCAGAUUCCUGGGCUUCCAGCGGUUCCUUCGUCAGCUGUGAGUUCAAUCCCAUCCACGAUUACUGCUUCGCCUCUUGACCCGGCUUCAAAAGCAAAGCAAGGCGCUCUUCAAUCUGGACUUCAAUCAGCGAUGGCUGCGGCUGGGCAUCCAACCAUGACGCCACCGAAUAUCGCCGACUUGAUUCGAAUGGGUGUCCCAAUGGAAAGCAUCACUCCUCAAAUGAUGAAUGCGCUAAUGGGCGUCCAUCGCGAUCCAUACGGUCGUCCCUUGGACAACUAUCUCGGCUCAAUGAUCCAAGCACAGGCUGAAAUGACCAAAUCUGCACAUGGAAUGAUCCCUGGCAUGCCUGGCGCGAUUCCUGGCCUCGCCGGUAAAAUUCCUGAACAGCCUUCUGCUGCUGCUACUGAAAAAGCAGCUCAGAAACCAUCAGUAUCUUCUGGUGGAUUAAUGAAUGCUCUCUCGCAAACAAUUUCAAAGCAAAACACGAAGGACUCUCAAGCAAAAAGUAUCCUAGAAGAAGUGAAAAAUCAGAAAGUCCAAGAGCUUGAGAACAGACGAAAGCUGCAAAAGGACACGAUUGAACCGGGAAAAGCCUCGUUGAAAACGAAAGAUGGGCACUCGAAUGAUGACACUCCCAUCGUCGAUCUUCUACGAUCUACGCCCGACCCAUCAAAGAAACAAGCGGCCGCAUCAACGACUCCAAUUAAACCGCCAAGCUCAGCAACUCCUGCUGCUCCAGUGACUCCAUCAGCCUUCAACUGGAAGAAAAAAAUGGCAAGCUCCGCGAGCACUGAUCCGACAACUCCAACCUCGAAGCCGCCACUUUCGGGAAAAUCGAGCACUUCUAGCGUCAUUAUGUCGAAUCCAAAUCUCGUUAGUCCGAAGGAAGAUAGCGCGAUCGCUAAAGCAACUCCUCUGUCGGACAUCAUCGCGGCCGAGCUGAAGGAGAAAAAGAAGAAGAGAAAGAAGAAAAAAGAAGAGCGGAGACGAAGAAAGACAAAAGACUCCGACGACGAGGCUAAGGAAUCGUCCGUUUUGCAAAAGCAUCGACUUCCGCCUGAUCCUGGUUACAUCCCAAAAGUCAGAAUUACAACGUAUCGAUCUUUAAAUGGAAGCACCGUUCAUUUGAGCCAUCAAUUCAAGCCUGGGGAUGAGAAACCAGUGAAGACGCGCGGUAGAAGGGCAAAGAAGGACUUGGAGUCUGGAAGUGUCGAUUUGAGCGAAAUGUACGGCUGGGAAAGGAGCUAUGAAGAGAAGCGUAGAAAGAGGCGGAGAGCGAUGAUCGGGUUGCCUGAGGAAGAUGAGAUCCCGGAGAAAGAACAGAGGGUAGAAGAACCGGUCAAGGAAGACAAGCCGAUGGAGCCGAUCCAGAUCGAAGACGAAAAGCCCCAACCGGACAAAGAAAACCAGGAAUUCUCAUCAUUAAUUUACUCGUCGGCGCCUAUUCCUCGACGAGUCCUUCCAAAACCUCCUGCUCGCCUGCAUCUCGAUGAUUUGAUGAAGAAUACAUUCAAAUGCGAGGAAUGCAAUGACGAGUUCCUUUUUGAAAAGUCACUCAAGCAUCAUUAUGAUCGAGAAAGCAUCCUUAUUCAUAUCCACUGUAUCGUUUGCAAUUUACAACAAGUGUUCAAAAACAAAUGCCAGCUGCUCCGCCACGCCAGGGAGCACAGUCUCAACGGGAAGCCAAUGAAGUUCGUACGUCCGAAGAUAAUGCCGCUGACAAUGUCCAUGUGUCAAAAUAUAAAGACGACGGCGCCGGACAAAAACACCAAGUACGCAAAAUCGUGCUCGGAAUGCAGCAAACGCUUCGCAACCCGUAUUGGAUUACAGGAACACAUGUCGGAGAAGAUUGACGAGACCGAGUGUGACGUUUGUCACACUGUACUGCCUAACAUGUGCGCUUAUCAAGCUCAUUGUCGCAUCCACAACGACAUGGGUGGCAACACCUUCGUCUGUCCGGAAUGCGGCGAAAACUUUAAGUCCGACGAGCUCGAAUUCCGCAAGCACAUCAAGCUCCACUGCGCUCACACUUCCAAAAUUCGAGGCUUUCGCUGCCCGACGAGCCGGAAGGUCUUUUCCCGCGCCGAGCAUCUCCGAGCUCAUUGGCAAAAUCACUGCCUGAUUAAAUUUCACAAAUGUUCUGUCUGUCCCAUCGCCUUUCGAGGCCAGAAGAGUAUACGUAAUCACCAACAAGAAAAACAUCCCAAAACGAAUAUGCUUUACAAGUCGAUCUUCCAGUGCCCAUUAUGCGACACACUAUUCGAAGAUCGCGAGUCGCCCAACGUUUCCAAGCACCUAAUGGAACACACGAAAAAUCACACUUACACAGUUUAUCACUGCCUUGUUUGCCCAGAAGUUUUUGAACACUCGUCAGAACUCAUGGAACACCUAUUAGCCGAUCACAAUAUAUCUGAAUAUAAGACACCUGCCGCCGAGCUCGAGAGUGCCCUUGAAUAUGCAAGAACUAGUUUUUUAAGUUCCAAAAAUGGACAAAUAGACAAUCACAACAAGCUUUUUACAGAUGAAGAAUUCUCGGACGACGGAGAGAGCAUAUCAAAAGGACGUGGUCGAAAUCGCAGAGAUCGUUCCCGCGCCCGAAGCCCCGAGCCCAGCCCAGGCACGCCCCGUCGAACUUACAUUUGCUCAAUCUGCGAUUUCUCAAGUUCACAAUCAGAAAAGCUGCAGCGCCAUUUCAAGAAGACCCACAAAGUCAACUACGUCACUGCUGACAUGAUCCGGACAAAGGUCUCUCAGACGUCCAUUUCUUCGAGCUCCUUGAGUCUGUCAAACAGAAGCAAUGGCGUCUCGGCCACGCUUCCACCGACCGGUGGGAAUGUUCUCAUGACGCCACAGGGACCGAUUCCGAUGAGAAACAUGCGAAAAGAACCGACGCAGGAAGAAUUGGCUCAAGAAGAUCCGCCCUUGCCAGAAGUCUAUAAGUGCGCUAAAUGCGACUACCAGCACCGCUCGCGCGAGGACUUCCAGCGCCACAUCCGAAUCCACUCGAACUUCAACACAGAAGAAAAACAGUGCACUGAAUGUGGGCAAUCCUUUGCGUCGCUGCCUGCGCUCGAAAAACACCUCUUCAUGUCUCAUAAGAUCGUGUCAAUUCAUCAGCUAGACAGGAUUGACAAGGGUUUCCGCGAACCAAUGGCGCCAAAGAAUUUGAAAAGUUCAACAACCUACAGUUGCAAGGCCUGUCACAAAUCGUUCAACAGCGAGGUCGUUCUCAAGCAACACGAGAAGCAACACGAGAGUGGUCAGCGACUCCUCGAAUUCUAUCUCAAGCAGCUGCCGGAUUCCUUCGUUAACUUCGAGACGCCAAAAACGGCAGAGAAUUUUGAAGAAUGGAGUGCUCAAUGGUUUUCCUCGGAAAAGGAGACAAAGCGACUGCGAGAAGCUGGCGUUCACGAAUUCGUUGUCCAUGACGCAAUUGCGCAGGUCCUCUUUAAUAAUGUCCAGUGGAGAAGGCAGGAGAAAGUGCUUUUCAUCAGAGACUGGCUGCUGGACAAUCACCUGAAAUUUGAAGCGAAGAGGCAAAUCUUUGACAAUUUUGUUAGUCAGAAUCAAACAAAGCGAAUGACGACACCGCGAGAAACGGAGCUGCCAUUCGGCGGACUAAUCCACUUUCCCGAGUUGGCAAAGUCGCAUUUUAAAAUCAAGAAGACAGAAGCAUUCAAAAAGAAUACAACUAACACGGGCGCCUUGCGUCUUCUCUCAUUAGACGAGAACAAAAAAGUCAGGACAGUGUCGGGGAGUACUCUUUACUGGAUGGCUGAGAAUUAUUACCAGAACUCAACAAAAAGUGCGUUUGACCUUUUCUCAAAUCUUCGGUUUAUCGUCCUUGUCCGGGAUCCGCGCUCACUCGCGGCGUCGCGCCUUACCCAUGCGACCUCCCGCACCGCUCGCAAAGCCAAAUUCUUCGAUUUUCUCCAGAGUUGGGUUUCAAUAAUGACUGCUAUCACGAAGAUGUGCGACGAAAACAGGCAAAGAUGCUUUUACCUGCGAUACGAAGACUUGCUCGAGCGGCCAGGAGCUGUUUUAAAAGCAAUUUUAUCCACGAAAGCGAGAAUAACGGCUUUGCGGCCCGCAAAGCUUUAUGAUAACUUGGUAAUGAGAGAAUUUCCUGAAGAACGAAACGCGACGAAAUGGAAGGAUUUUGUGCCAGAAGGAACGAUAGAGAAGCUAAGAGAGCACGAGGAAUUGCUACGAAGAUUCAGAUAUCCACUAGGAAUGAGCUCGGCAAUAUGUGAACAAAACUUGUUUAUUUUCUGGCUCGUCUCCUUAUCAAUUGUUCAUCAUUAUACAAAGGAAAAAUGCUUGUCGAGUUCCCUUGCGAAAAAGAGUGAAAAUGACAUCAUGUGGUAUAAAAAGGAAAAGAUGCAUGCCGGAAAGGUGUAUAAUCGAGAGACGCCGAUUUUGUUCAUAGGAGGAAUGCCACGAUCCGGGACGACUCUCAUGCGUUCUAUGAUGGACGCUCAUCCGAAAAUGAGAUGUGGAGAAGAAACCAGACUUGUUCCUAGAUUGCUUGGAAUGCGAUCGAAUUGGUACAAGUCCGAAAAAGAAGCAAACAGAUUGGAAGAAGCGGGAGUAACUAGAGACGUCGUCGAUAGUGCUGUAGCUGAAUUCCUUCUUGAAAUCAUCGUUAAACACGGAAAACCAGCCGAAAGAUUGUGCAACAAAGAUCCCUUCACGCUGAAAUCGACGAAAUACCUGACCGAGCUGUUUCCAAAUAGUCGAUUUAUUCUCAUGCUUCGUGAUGGUCGAGCGUCUGCGCAUUCGAUCAUUUCUAGAGAAGUCACCAUCUCGGGCUUCGAUAUUACUUCUUACAGAGAUGUCAUCACAAAGUGGAACAAAGCUGUUGAAGGAAUGUACUAUCAGUGCAAAGAAGUCGGCCCCAAGUACUGUCUCCCAGUUCACUACGAAGAUCUUGUUCUGCAUCCCCGACCAACGCUCAAGAAAAUCCUCGAAUUCGCAGAUCUGGAAUGGAAUGAAAAUGUCAUGGAGCAUGAGAAACACAUGGACGACAUUUCGCUAUCAGCUGUAGAGAAAUCGACUGACCAGGUUGUGAAGCCGCUCUACACGGAUUCGUUGAAGAGCUGGGUCGGGCAUAUUCCAGACGAUGUGAUGGCUGAUCUUCCCAAAAUCGCGCCGAUGAUGAAAACUCUUGGAUACGAUGUCCAUUCAAAAGAUCCGCAUUACGGAAAACCUGAUCAAGAAGUUCAGGAUAAAUACGACGCUUGGCUGAAGACCCAGAAAUAA